AGAGCACUGUGUCAUUCCUGAACUUAUGUGUGAUAAGGAGGGUUAAUGUUGACUUGUAUUGGUCAAGGUGUUGUUUUGUCUCCCCUCCUACAGGGAAACAUUCCAUAUCAUGGCCUCCUCUCGUCCCACUCAGGAGGGUUGGUUCCUUGAGAAGGGUGUUGACCAUGGACUUGACUCAAUCUUUUUUAGUAACCGGGCUUUUGUCAAUCCUGCUGUCCAUGUCCCCAGUGGAGCUCAACAACAGGACACAUCUCACUAUGCCUGUCCCAGAACCCCCCCUAGAUCCCUGCAUAGCUGGGGCACGUACAGCCCCCCUCCUCAGAGAUCCGGCCUAAACCCUAGAGACCCCAACCCUGGAGAUGUGAGUUCAGCUGGAGCCGUCCCUGUCAAGCCUCCGAGGCCGGGUUACCAUGCUCACACCCUGCCCUUGCCCCGAAGGGGGCUGGCUGUCUUUCGACCUUGGGUCCACAGUUUUCCUCAGGGAUAUAACACCUCCAAUGUGGACAAACCUCGCAUGCUCAGGGCCACCAUCACUUCAAGCUCCUCUGCUUCAAGCCAGGGCAGUCGGAACCAGACUCUUCAGAUCCCCAAAGACCAGGACCUGGACGAGGGUCAGCCUAGAGAAAACCACCAGGAUCCAUCCACCCAGAACCAGACCAGCCCACAGCCUGUCCACCCCAAGACGAUUCCUGUGUUGCAGUCCAGAGACAAGACCAGGAGAGACAGCAAAACCACUGAGACCGACAACCACUCUGUCAGCAACAGCAUCAAAAGGCAGGUGGACAUGACCUCCCAGAAUGUAUUUGGUCAGCCCAGGCUCCAAGCCUCUUUGCGAGAGCCCCUCUCUCCUCAGCAGAGCCACAAGAGCAACCUGGAGGAGGAGCUGAGGAGACUCAUCAUUCUGGACACACCAGAUAACUCAAGUGGCGACCCUGAGAGUAACACAAGCCUUCGAAGCCCAUCCAUUGGGAACAGUCUAGGCAGUGGCACACUGGACUCCAGCCUAGCCUGCUCCCCCGUGUCUGACUGCCCUGAGCUGGACAACCUGUCUGCCUCUGACCUCUCCCUGAUAGCGGACUGGGAACCUGAACUUCUGCCCCAGCCAGACCCAGCCUGGGGCCUAGAGUGGAGCAACCUGGUCAAUGCUGCCAAAGCCUGUGAUAUGCGGAGGAAUAUAAACCAGCUGUCUCACAACAAGCCUCAUACACAUGGAUCAUUGGAUAAUACUGCCUCCUGCUUGUCCAAUCACUGCCCUCCUCACCACAGAAACCUGGGAAGGGAGGUUUCCAGUGAUCUCUCCAAACGACUCCACUACCUUGAGGCACUACUGAGACACUUGGAAAGCAACCUGGAAAAGGAGAGGCAGGACAAGAUGGCCCUUCUGGAGGAGGUGACUGUUCUGCGGGAUACCAACCAGCGUCUGUGGGAGGAGUCUCUCGCAGCCAAUGAGCAGCUCCGGAAGCUUACCCUGUUGUUCAAUGUGGCACCGGGUACACUGACCCAAACAGACAGGAAGUAAUGAAGAGACGGUUUCAAGCAUGGACAAAGUGGACCCAGGUCUGCUGGGGUUUAAAAGCUGAGGAAAAGCUGCAGUUCAGGCUUCUGCUACUUCUCAAUAUCACACACAGUUUGAUCACAAUGAUGAACCUUUUGGUGGUUUUUAUGGUUGUUUGUCAUGUUUUCUAUUUUAAUU